AUGCAAAAGCACGACUUGUUGCAAAUCCCUGGGAAGAAGGAGCCGAACAUGAAGCACCUUACGAGGAUGAUCAUGAUGACCAUAAUGUCAGCAUGGACGAUUCUGGUGAUUGUAAAGAAGAGCAAGAUGAUUAUGACAGUGCUGGUGCCGCUGGCGAUCUUUAUGACCAUGACCUACCAUGACGAUGCCGGAA